ACUCUUCCAUUCUUGCUUUCUCGGCUCCCGUCCUCCGGAGAAGCCGCCUCCGGGACGUGCCCUUCUAGAAAGCAGCAAUCAGGCGUAAGACCCCAAGAUCCCCCAAAGGAGAGACUGGGAGCCGUGACGUUCUGAUUUGUGGGUGGACGGGACGCAUGGGGAAUCAGCGGCCCCUGGUGGGCGCCGGGACGCUUUCGCGCCGGAGGCUCUCGCGCCGAAACCCUAAGAGCUGGAGGAGGUUUUGCAUCCGCUGGAGCAGCAGCCUGGAAAACAGGUUUUGCAUCCCACUUCGCCCCCGGCCCACCCCGAGGAGGGAGCGGAGGAUCGCGCUGUUCGCCACGACCAGUUGCCCGGGUCCUCCCCAGUCACCGGGGCGUGUCCAGACUCGGCGCAUCCAGACAUGUGGGCCCCCAGCCGCCGUCACCUCUGUCUGACCUUCCUGCUGGUCUGUGUUUCUGCUGCAAUCCUCUUCUUCCACAUCCACCAAGAUCUCCUUCAUGAUGCCUUGGACCUGUCUGCCCUGUGUCCAGACCAUAACCUGGUGACAUCCCCUGUGGCCAUCUUCUGCCUGUCGGGCACGCCUAUAAACCCCAACGCCUCCAUUUCCUGUCCCAAGCAUCCAGCCUCGUCCUCAGGAACCUGGACUAUCUACCCAGAUGGUCGGUUCGGGAACCAGAUGGGGCAGUACGCCACGCUGCUGGCCCUGGCCCAGCUCAACGGCCGCCAGGCCUUCAUCCAGCCCGCUAUGCACGCCGCCUUGGCCCCCAUGUUCCGCAUCACCCUGCCCGUGCUGGCGCCCGAGGUGGACCGCCACGCGCCGUGGCGGGAGCUCGAGCUGCACGACUGGAUGUCGGAGGAGUACGCCCACUUGGAGGAGCCUUGGCUGAAGCUCACCGGCUUCCCCUGCUCCUGGACCUUCUUCCACCAUCUCCGGGAACAGAUCCUCCGCGAGUUCACCCUGCACGACUACCUCAGGCAAGAGGCCCAGCGUUUACUGAGUCGACUCCGACUGCGACGCACCGGGAAGCGCCCGAGCACCUUCGUGGGUGUGCACGUGCGCCGGGGGGACUAUCUGGAGGUGAUGCCCCACCGCUGGAAGGGUGUGGUGGGAGACCGCUCUUACCUCCAGCAGGCUAUGGACUGGUUCCGGGCCCGGCAUGAAGCCCCUAUCUUUGUGGUCACCAGCAAUGGCAUGGGGUGGUGCCGGAAAAAUAUUGACACCUCCCAGGGGGAUGUGAUCUUUGCUGGGAAUGGGCAGGAGGAUGCCCCUGGUAAGGACUUUGCUCUCCUCGUGCAGUGCAACCACACCAUCAUGACUAUUGGUACCUUUGGCUUCUGGGCCGCCUACCUGGCUGGUGGAGACACUGUCUACCUGGCCAACUUCACCCUGCCUAACUCCAAAUUCCUGAAAAUCUUUAAACCUAAGGCUGCCUUCCUGCCUGAGUGGGUGGGCAUUAAUGCAGACUUGUCUCCACUCCACAUGUAGGCUGGGCAGCAGGGAAGCUUUCAGGACUAGCCUGACCAACUUGGAACCAGCGUUAUGUGCCUCUGGAAGCCUAGCAGCUUCUGGAGGAGCUUGUGGUCCUUCAGCAGGUGGACAUUCAUUUCAAGAGUGAUUCUAGUUGGCUAGACUUUGAGGGGGGAAAAAAAAGGAAGUGGCUUUCUGCAACUGCCUGAACAUUCUAGAACCGGCAGAUCUUUUCAUGAUGGCUGGCAAUGUCUGGAGAAGCUCAUGGCAGUUCUAGAAGGCACAGUACCUAUCUGUUCUUCUCAGUCCUUGUCCAGAGUACUUCUAGAUGGCUGCCACCCCUAGGAGCAGAGAACUGCCUGCUCCAGUGUUUGACCAGCCUGGUCUUUUCUAGAAGAGAUAUUUCUCCUUCCCUGGGUCAUCAGGACUGAAGAAACUCGUGGCUACUCUACAGCAAGUAUUUACCAACUCCCCUUUGGUGUUUCUGGAGUGAUUUUAGAGGGGGGAUUUGCGUUAGAGAGAGUCAGCUCUAAUGCCUGUAAUGAACUUGUGGAGCCCUUUCAGAGGGGAUGGGAUUCUGGAAUUCCAGAUAACCUUGGCAAAGAAGCUAAUGAAGAUACAACCAGGGGCGCAACACCUCACCACUUUUAGAAAGUGAUGGAAGGUAAACGAUCUGUAGCUGGGAAAGUUUGUGCACAGAGUGAAACUGGACCCAAAUUCUCAGCCCCUGAAAAAACUACAGAUAUGCUAAAACAUGGGAGGUGGGGAAAGGGAGAGUGGCAGCUUAAGGGGCAAGGCUCUCCAGAAAUCUAGGGGCUUUUUGUUUUGAAGCUCAAAAACUGCCAAAGGUAGGCAUGCACACUUUGGUGCCGAGUUCAUGUUGCCUCUCCCAAUUAAGGAAGUUUUCUCCUUUGUAGUGAGGAUGCAAGAGAUGAUGAGGUCAAUUUACUGACAGUCAGCUGGCAUAAGGGUACCCUCUGGGCUUUCAGAAAGCUGCAGGUACUGUGCCCUUUGCCAACCCCUAUCUGCCUCUGAACUUCUAGGACCACUGAACCUGGCUUCAGGCAAGUCAGAGAUGAAAAGAUCAGAAGGUAUGCAGACCCCAGACUGGGCUCCCACCCAGGCAGCAGCACAGGGUCUGGCCAAAGAGGAUGUGAUGUGAUUCUUGGCUCAGAUUUCAGGACCCCUUUGAUGCUUUUUGAAGGGAAUGGAGGUAGAUUUUAUUACAGAAUUGUUGAGAAUCGAAGCUCUUUUCUAGUCUUCUCAGGGAGCUUUGGGGGACCAUUCUCUAUUCAGCUGCCAUAGGUGGGAGAGAGGGAGGUAUGAAUUAAAAGUCCACACCACCAACCUGUCUCUGCAGGUUUUUUGGAGU